AUGCCAGCCGCAAGAUCCUUCCUCGAGAGAGCCCGCGCUAGGCGCGAGCGUCCCGCCCCCGUGCCCCCCCGCCCCACCAAAUAUCACAUAGAGAAACCUGAGUGGCUCAUGAAGAGAAGCGCCGACGGGGGAGUCCCCUGCCACUUCUGUCCCGCGACGUUCCCGACUGUGGCCAAGGCCAAAUUUCAUAUGGUUCGGGGUUCGGGCCAUCUCUCGGACCGCGUCAAAUGGCCAAUCAAUACACGUGAAUAUUACCUCUGGAUGGCCAAACACGGCGUUUCCGACCCGGCGGAAGUAAUGUCCUUGGCCUAUUUCUGCAAACUGAACAGGCCCCUCCGGGAGGAGGCCGGAGUAGACUACGCCGUCCAGUGGGCCGAGAAGGUUACUGCUUGGAUCGACGAAUACAACCGGCUGUUCCGCCCCUGGUCGGCCGACCUGGUGUCCUCCCGCCCGCGCGACCCUCUCUCGGUCGCCUCUCGUUUUUUGCACAAAGAUUACCCCCUCCAGUGUAAGGGCCUGUGGUCCACUCGCGUCAAACUUCUUCCUCAAUACCCGGCGUUGGGUCGGUCGUCAUCCAUCCUAACCGCCGCGUGCGUGAUAUACGAGGCACUUGUCACCUGGGCGGAGGAUAGCCAGGAUGUCACGAACCAACAUCGCGAAGUGGUCACGUUGGCGCGAAAAGGGUUUAACCACCUGGGGAACACCCAGGGUCAAAGCCCCCAUGGCUGGAUGUUGUUGCGGCAGGCCCUUCAGAAGGUCCCGGAACAGAUCAAGGACGCCGUUCAACGCAAGAUCAAGCCGAUAGGGCAGGGACCCCUCGCCAUGAACGAGAAGGCCAAGGGCUUUAGUGCCCCGAUGGCGGCCCGGAUUCGGGAGGAUUGGGAGGAGUGGGGACGGACGUUGUGGAAGGAGUGGUGGUCCGAGAUGGACGUGCUGGGAGCAAGCGAGGUCAAGGCUCUGGCCUCCAGUCGGCCGGACAAGGAGUUUACGAUGAACAAGCGUGCGGCGGAGGCGGGGUAUGCGCGGGCGUACGAUUCUUGGAGGAGCAAGCCGGCGCAGGAGAAGGAUGAGUGGAGGAUAGAGAUGGAGAAGAUUGAGAGGAGGAGGAAGAAGAAGCGGUCGGAGGUCGAGGAGGAGGAGAAUGGCCCGGCGGCCCCGACACCCGUCCGACAGGAGGGAGGAGACGACGAGGCAGAAGACGACGAGGGAGGAGUAUACUUGUCUCCUGGGUUCACGGGUAUCUAA